AUGAGCGACAAUCCCCAAUGGGACAUCAGCAGAGCGCUGGGGGUGGCCAGGCUCUUUAACCUGGUGUGUGGGGUCCGGGAUGCCUGUGUGACCCCGUUCCUGACUCUCUACCUGAGGCAGCUGGGCCUAACAGCGCCCUGGGUGGGCAUCCUCAUGGGCACCAAGCACCUGAUCACAGCCUUCUGGGCCCCCUUCUGUGCCUUCCUGGCCAAGAGAUACCAGAAAAGGAGAGUGCUUCUGAUGGGCUCGCUGCUGGGCUCCAUGGGAGCCAGCCUGCUGAUGGUCCUGGUCCCGCCUUUGGACAAAGACCUGGUAUACCGCUCAUGUAACGGAAGCAGCAACGGCAGGACCACCACAGUUGUGCCACUGGGGGUCUCUCGGACUGUGGAUAUCACCACAGUACAAGAGUGGGCCUCAAGCCACCGAGCCAAGAGGAUUGGAAUCGAGGAAGCUUCUGGAAGCUUCAGAAAAGGGCUUGAUGAAAGUGACCAAGAGCCUUUCAGUGAUCUGCCCAGCUAUUCAGUGGACUCUGUUGAGGAAAUCAGGACAACACCUCAAGUUCUCCUCUAUCACUUUGCUUCUUUGGAGGUGGUCAACACUUUACCCCAUCUGCUUCCUGAGGGUACCACGCUGGGGCAUCCAACCAACUUGUCGGUAGACAAGGAGAAAGCACAGAAUCUUGACCUCUCCUUGCAAGGGCUACAGUGGACUUUCAUCUUCUCCCUGGGGUUCGUGGUGUUCUGGGAGCUGCUGACAGCCCCUCUGGAGCAAGUGGCUGAUGGCAGUCUUUAUGAAUACUUGGACUAUGUGGAUGCCACUGACUACUACCGAAGCCUGUGGGUCUGGAGGUUGCUGGGCAUGUCAGCCGGUGUGUGUGGCAUCACAGCAUUGGUGGAGCAGCUGGAUUGCUACAUGAUGACAAGUGGUCCCGGAGGUGUGGCAUACUUCUAUGGCUACUCUCUUGUCAGCAUCGUGGCCACGCUAGUAAGCAUCGCCUUUCCAGUCCCCAUCUGCCGGUGGCGAGAGCCCAGCUACAAAACGGUCAAAGCAUUGCCCCUCAUAGGAGGUAAUCCCCAUCUCAUCCUCCUGGCCUUCAGUGUGUUUUUGGUGGGAGCUGCCACCAGUACUGUGCAGAACUUUCUGUUCUGGAACAUGAAAGACCAUGGCAGCAGUGAGCUGGGCAUGGGUUUUGCAGUUGCCCUCAGCUUGCUGGGGGAAAUGCUGCUUCAUCCAUUCAAGGUUGUAUUGCUUCGGAAACUGUCCAGGGUGGGCACUGUGGGACUGGGGCUGGGCUGCCUGGCUGUGCAGCUUCUCUACUACUCCUUCCUCUGGAACUGGUGGUCUGUCUUCCCUGUCCAGAUCUUGAGUGCCCUCAGCAGCGGGGCUCUUUGGUGGGCAGUGGGGGCUUCGCUGGAGGACCUGGCCACUCCUGGAACAGAGAGGUCUCUGAGCUCCAUGUUCCGAGGACACUUUUACAGGGGAGGGUCUAGCCUGGGCAGCUUUGUGGGGGGCUUCGUGGUGAUGUACUCCAGCCUGGCUGUGCUCUACCAGGCCUGUUGCGUGGUCUUGUUGUUCUGGCUGGCUGCCUUCCUCACCAUCCAGGCCAGGCUGCCCCAAGAGCGGAAAAUCAACUACUCAAAGCUGCUGGCCAUGGAGGUGAGUGACACCAGCGACUCUGAGGAGGGGACUGAGAGGGACUGGCUUGUGAAAGCUAUGAAGGAAGAGCAUUUGAACCGGCCCCGGUGA